GCCCCCCGCGCAAGCGGCGAUGGCGGCGGCGGCGGGAGCUGCAGCGGCGGCGGCCGCCGAGGUGCGGAAGGGGAGGGGGAGAGGCGGGUGCAUGCCCGCGCGCGCGCCCGGGGGAAGCGCGCGCCCGUGCAAUGCUCCGGGGGUGCAACGGGGCCGGGGGGCCCGGGAGGGACUUCCAGCAAUCUAGAGGGCCAGCACCGGGGGCGAAUGAGGGGACCAGGGGGUGGGAGGUGGGGGGAGUGGGCACGGAGGCGCGCAUGCAGCCGCCGGCUGUCCCCGAGUGGGUGGUGGGUGCCGGGGCCCCAGGAGCACGCGCGAGGGGCACGAGGGGUCGUCCGCCGGGCUGUGGGGCAGCGGGCGCUGGAGGGGUUGGUGCCCGGGGUCCCCGCGGCCUGGGGGACAAAGGGGGAGCGGCGCGUGCAGCCGGGAGGAGGGGGCGGGGCCGGGGCGCAGAGGCCCCGCCCCCUCCCCCUCCUCUCUUCUCGGCCCCUGAGAUGCGGGGUCUGCCGAGAGGGAGGGGGCUAAUGCGGGCCCGGGGGAGGGGUCGUGCGGCCCCCACGGGCAGCCGGGGCCGCGGAAGAGGGGGGCCCCACAGAGGAAGAGGUAGGCCCCGGAGCCUACUCUCUCUUCCCAGAGCCCAGGCGUCCUGGCCCCCCCAGCUUCCUACGGGACUGACCAGCCCUCCCAUCCCUUGUGUCCCCUCCCAGGGGGAGGCCCCCGCAGAGAUGGGGGCGCUGAUGUUGGAGAAGGAGCCGAGAGGAGCCACCGAGAGACUUCAUGGCUCUUUGGGGGACGCCCCUCGCAGUGAGGAGACCCUGCCCAAAGCUAACCCCAACACCCUGGAACCUGCUGGCCCCUCAUCUCCAGCCUCUGUCACUGUCACCGUAGGUGAUGAGGGAGCUGACACCCCUGUGGGCCCCACACCGAUCAUUGGAGAUGAACCUGAGAACGUUGAAGGAGACAGCGAUCUCCAUGGGGGUCGCAUCCUGCUGGGCCAUGCCACAAAGUCAUUCCCCUCUUCUCCCAGCAAGGGGGGUGCUUGUCCCAGUCGAGCCAAGAUGUCAAUGACAGGGGCUGCAAAAUCACCUCCAUCAGUUCAGAGUUUGGCUAUGAAGCUGCUGAGUAUGCCAGGGACACAGGGGACAGCAGCACUAGGAGCUGAGCCCCCUCCAGCUACAGCUAGCCCUGAGGGACAGCCCAAGGUCCACCGAGCUAGGAAAACCAUGUCCAAACCUGGAAAUGGACAGCCCCCAGUCCCUGAGAAGCGGCCACCUGAAGUGCAACAUUUCCGCAUGAGUGACGAUAUACACUCCCUUGGGAAGGUGAACUCAGACCUAUCGAAAAGGAGGAAGCUGAACCCUGGAGGUGGUCUGUCUGAGGAGUUGGGUUCUGCCCGGGGUUCAGGAGAAGUGACCCUGGAGAAGGGGCACCCUGGGUCCCUGGAGGAGUGGGAGACAGUGGUGGGGGACGACUUCAGCCUCUACUAUGAUUCCUACUCUGUGGAUGAGCGGGUGGACUCUGACAGCAAGUCUGAGGUUGAAGCUCUGGCUGAACAACUAAGUGAGGAAGAGGAGGAAGAGGAGGAGGAGGAAGAGGAGGAGGAGGAAGAAGAAGAAGAAGAAGAAGAGGAAGAUGAGGAGUCAGGAAAUCAAUCAGAUAGGAGUGGUUCCAGUGGCCGACGAAAAGCCAAGAAAAAAUGGCGGAAGGACAGUCCAUGGGUGAAGCCAUCUCGGAAGCGUCGGAAGCGGGAGCCUCCAAGGGCCAAAGAACCGCGAGGGGUGUCCAAUGAUACAUCUUCACUGGAGACAGAGCGUGGAUUUGAGGAGUUGCCCCUCUGCAGCUGCCGGAUGGAGGCACCCAAGAUUGAUCGCAUCAGUGAGAGAGCAGGGCACAAAUGCAUGGCCACGGAGAGUGUAGAUGGAGAGCUAUCAGGCUGCAACGCUGCAAUCCUCAAGCGGGAAACCAUGAGGCCUUCAAGCCGAGUGGCCCUGAUGGUGCUCUGUGAGACUCACCGUGCCCGAAUGGUCAAACACCACUGCUGUCCAGGCUGCGGCUACUUCUGUACAGCGGGCACCUUCUUAGAGUGCCACCCUGACUUCCGUGUGGCCCACCGCUUCCACAAAGCCUGUGUGUCCCAGCUGAAUGGAAUGGUCUUCUGUCCCCACUGUGGGGAAGAUGCAUCAGAGGCUCAAGAAGUGACCAUUCCUCGGGGGGAUGCAGGUACCCUACCUGUCGGCUCUGCAGCCCCAGCCCCCCCACCCCUGGCCCAGGAUGCCCCUGGGAGAGCAGACACAUCACAGCCCAGUGCCCGGAUGAGAGGGCAAGGGGAGCCCCGGCGUCCACCCUCUGACCCCUUGGCCGACACCAUAGACAGUUCGGGACCCUCCCUGACCUUACCCAGUGGGGGCUGCCUCUCAGCUGUGGGUCUGCCGCCAGGGCCAGGCCGGGAAGCUCUGGAAAAGGCCCUGGUCAUCCAGGAGUCAGAGAGGAGGAAGAAACUCCGCUUCCAUCCCAGGCAGUUAUACCUUUCCGUGAAGCAGGGGGAGCUGCAGAAGGUCAUCCUGAUGCUGUUGGACAACCUGGACCCCAACUUCCAGAGCGACCAACAGAGCAAGCGUACACCCCUGCACGCAGCCGCCCAGAAGGGCUCCGUGGAGAUCUGCCAUGUGCUGCUGCAGGCAGGAGCCAACAUCAAUGCAGUGGACAAGCAGCAGCGGACACCACUGAUGGAGGCCGUAGUGAAUAACCACCUGGAGGUGGCACGCUAUAUGGUGCAACGUGGAGGCUGUGUCUAUAACAAGGAGGAGGAUGGUUCCACCUGCCUCCACCAUGCAGCCAAAAUCGGGAACUUGGAGAUGGUCAGCCUGUUGUUAAGUACUGGACAGGUGGAUGUCAAUGCCCAGGACAGCGGGGGGUGGACACCCAUCAUCUGGGCAGCAGAGCACAAGCACAUUGAGGUGAUCCGCAUGCUGCUGACGCGGGGCGCCGAUGUCACCCUCACAGACAAUGAGGAAAACAUCUGCCUGCACUGGGCCUCCUUCACUGGUAGUGCUGCCAUUGCCGAGGUCCUCCUCAAUGCUCGUUGUGACCUCCAUGCUGUCAACUACCACGGCGACACUCCCCUGCACAUUGCAGCCAGGGAGAGCUACCACGACUGCGUGCUGCUGUUCCUAUCCCGUGGGGCAAACCCUGAGCUUCGUAACAAGGAGGGAGACACCGCAUGGGACCUGACUCCUGAGCGCUCUGACGUAUGGUUUGCACUCCAGCUCAACCGCAAACUUAGGCUCGGAGUGGGAAAUCGAGCCAUCCGCACUGAGAAGAUCAUCUGCCGGGACGUGGCUCGGGGCUAUGAAAAUGUGCCCAUUCCCUGUGUCAAUGGUGUGGAUGGAGAGCCCUGCCCUGAGGAUUACAAAUACAUCUCGGAAAACUGUGAGACGUCCACCAUGAAUAUUGACCGUAACAUCACCCACCUGCAGCAUUGCACAUGUGUGGACGACUGCUCCAGCUCCAACUGCCUGUGUGGUCAGCUCAGCAUCCGCUGCUGGUAUGACAAGGAUGGGCGUUUGCUCCAAGAAUUUAACAAGAUUGAGCCCCCGCUGAUUUUUGAGUGUAACCAGGCAUGCUCCUGCUGGAGAAACUGCAAGAACAGGGUCGUGCAGAGUGGCAUCAAGGUACGGCUGCAGCUCUACCGAACAGCCAAGAUGGGCUGGGGGGUCCGUGCCCUGCAGACCAUCCCCCAAGGGACAUUCAUCUGCGAGUAUGUUGGGGAGCUCAUCUCUGAUGCUGAGGCUGAUGUGAGGGAGGAUGAUUCAUAUCUCUUCGACUUAGAUAACAAGGACGGAGAGGUAUACUGCAUCGACGCCCGUUACUACGGCAACAUCAGCCGUUUCAUCAACCACCUGUGUGACCCCAACAUCAUCCCCGUCCGGGUCUUCAUGCUGCACCAAGACCUGCGAUUCCCGAGAAUUGCUUUCUUCAGUUCCCGAGACAUCCGGACUGGGGAAGAGCUGGGGUUUGACUACGGUGACCGCUUCUGGGACAUCAAAAGCAAAUAUUUCACCUGCCAGUGUGGCUCCGAGAAGUGCAAGCACUCUGCCGAGGCCAUCGCCCUGGAGCAGAGCCGUCUGGCUCGCCUGGACCCCCACCCUGAGCUGCUGCCUGAGCUUGGCUCCCUGCCCCCUGUUAACCCCUGAGAGAGGACAAUAUUCCCUCCCUACCCUCUCAGCAGCCACUUCUGCCACUUGCUGCUCACAGCCCAUACCCAGGGGCACUGCCAUCUUCCCUCCAUCUCCCCUUUCACACAUUCCUCAGCCAGAGACCCCAGCCAGGCCCUGGAGGUCUGAUAGCCCUUCCCUCCCAGAGCUGGUUCUUCCCUGGGAGGGUGACUUCAGGGCUGGCCACUCCCCUGUUCCCAUCCUUAGCUGAAAUCUGAUGAAUUGAAAUCGGGCCUCUUUGCCAACUGGUUUCUGUUGUUCUCAAUAAAUGUUGGGUUUGGUAA